AUGUCGAAUUGGGACGACGAAGACUGGGAGGCCGACUCCGGGCCAUCUCCCGCCCCUAGCUUACCAGUACCAGCAGCAGGGGGAAUGGGAAAUUGGGACGACGAGGAUUUGCCUGAAGAAGAAGAGGAUAUAAGUCUUAAAAAACCAUCCGCUCCCAUGAAGCCCUCCAAAGCGCGUGCGUUGGCACUGAAGAAGAAAGAGGAAGAAGAACAACGCCUGGCCACGGCACGCGCCAUUGCACGCGAAAAGGAGAUGGAAGAACUCUCAGCUGUUGAGAGAAAGAUGCGCCAGCAGAAACUGGUGGAGCAGGCAGAUCUCGAGAAUGUCAAGGAUUUAUUCAUGGAGGGCAGCUCGAACGGUGGGAUGAGACCACCGGCCGAACCGACGAUUGACACCUUUAAACCGGUGACGGAGGAAGAUUAUAACAAGUAUGCUGCCAUGAUCAGCGAACAUUGCGUAAAGUUGAGCAACAUCAACAGUCCUACCAAAAAGAAGCAGAUGGGGUUGUAUGUGAGUUUUGUGAAGCAACUCAUGCGUGGCCUAGCACAGGAAUUGUCUCAGGAAGAUACAAAGGAUUUGUCGACUUUCAUGGGUCUUCUCUCCAACGAGAAGAGAGAUCAGUUCAAAAAAUCCAAGGGUUACAAGAAGAAGACCAGCAAGAAGACACACGUACGGGUGGAUAGGGAAGAUGAUAUGCGCGGAGAUGUCUUCGAUGACUUCGCAGAUGAUUUCAUGUGAGCGCUGGGCUUCCACGUAUGCAAGCGCCUCAUCGCAUCCUCGAAGUGUCACCUUUACACGUCUUGAGAGGCAAUGGGGAGUAGUUUUAGGAAACGGCACCGGCCAUGGGGCACUUUACCGAGUGCAAAUCAAAACGAACAGGACAAUGCAUGUUUAGUACCUUUUCAUUUCUUUUCGAGCAACACCGUAUCUUUGUAUCAGUUCUUCAUCGAGCUAUCACUUUGAACUAAGCGUAGCCUCCCUCACCGCUAACAAGGGCGCAAGCGUCCUAUUCGGCGAGAAUCUUCUGAUUGCUCUUCGUUAGGAGGAAGUGUUUCGCUAUUUGCGGUCUUCACAUCUAUGGGAGAUCUUAGAAACAUGAAACACAAUGGCUUUUGUUGGACUCCAUGUCUUCAUCGCUAAUCUCAGCGUCAUAGUGUAGACCGCUACUAGCCUCUAUAGGGACACCAAGAUUGGGAGCUACCCACCACUGAGCAGUGACUGUCGGACAAUCCCGCUGGCUCGCCUCAUCCGCUCCAAUGACUAGUGUUUCCUAGCGUGAACGUAAAUGCCCGCCUCGCCACACUUGCUCGCCACAGUGGUGCAAGAUUAAUCAGCCCGCGCGACAUCCAGCACACGAGGGCUACGGUGGCGGGAUAGUCAAUACUUUCAUCUCAUCAACGACGCCCGUGGCGAGCAUGAUCCGCAGUGCAAACUCGCGUGAAAGUUAGGAUAAUUUACGACAAUCCUGUGGUACAGUAGGAUCUUGUUCUGUUCCUUAGUGAGCAAUGCCAGCGAAUUCCAUCAGCGUGAGAGCGACAAACGCAAAACUAAAAUCAUCGCCUGGAUCCUUUGAUCCGCUUC